AUGCGUGGCGAAGAGAGCAACUUCGGUAACUUGGUCGCUGAUGCAAUCCGAUCAGAGCUCGGCGCGCAAUUUGGCCUUGUGAAUGGCGGCUUUGUUCGUGGCGACAAUGUGCACCCGGCGAAGACGACGGUGACGGUGGGGCUGCUGGAGAAGGAGAUGCCGUUCCCGCGCCCCGCGGUGCUCAUCAAAAUCAAGGCGGCCGACUUGAAGGAGGCAAUUGAGCAGCACUUGCGAGUGUACCCGGCGCUCUCGGGCUCGUUCCCGCACGUUUCGGGCCUGCGCAUCAUCUACGACCGGUCGCGCCCCGAGAUGCCUGCGAUUACGUCGUUCAAGGACGAGUUUGACAACAACAUCGACUUGAACGCCGUUGUACUCGUCGCGACGACCAAGUUUGUCGCGGGUGGCGGUGACGGCUGCGUCGCGUGGCAAAAGGGCAAGCUUGUCUCGACACACGAUCAGAUCGCCGAGGAGGUCGUGCGCUUCAUCGAGAAGAAGCGGCUGCUGGCGUACCCUGCGAAGGAAGGCCGACUCAUCAUCGUCGACUAG